AUGAUUAGAAAAACUGAUAAUGAACUCGUCAGAUUUAUUAAAUAGACUAAACUGAUUGAUGAGAGAAAGCGUUAUGAGGAGCUAAUGAAUAAGGAAAAAGAGCGCAGAGAGAAGGGGCUCAACGAUGCAGAGAAGAGGAUGCUGUAUUUCAGAUCUAUAGAAGCCUUAGAUGAUCGCGUUUACAAUAAACCCAAGAUAAAUGAUGAAUAGUUACAGUUUAGUUUCUUACAUGACAGGAAAAACUAUCUAUUGAGAGGGGAGAGAUGGAGGCCUUUCUUUAUUUAACCACCGUAUGCUAAACAUACUGACUUUUCAUCAUAAGUUCCUUUGAAGACAUAUGUCAUUAGAGUGCUUGGCUCUUUGAUACUAAUGAAAUUAGGCUAUGAGUUUGGAAUUUGGGAUGGGUUAGAGUCUAAUUAAAAGUUAGCUAACAGUUGUGUUGUAGACAUGGAAACUGAGGAAUAGAUUUAUGAUUAUCUCUAUAACAAGGACAAGACAGCUGUAUUUCUAUUUCUAUAUACUCCAGGCCAUUAUUUGAUUGAGAAUUUCCAUAGAGAUUUCAUUACUGAAAGUGCAAAGUAUAAGGAUGAAAUCGUUUUUAUGAGAGUCCCUUGCAGAAAUCAUUUGACUUUUUGCAUUAACAAGUAGUGGACAGGCAGAGUCAUACCACCGGCUGAGGCUUACUUCAUAAAUGAGAAGGAUGUUAUAGAAAUCGCAGAUAUGGAUACUAAAUUCAGGUCAAAGCAAGGUAUAGAGGCAUUCUUUGAAGAGCAUGGAAUAAUUGAGGCAAGACUUGAACCUGAAAGAAUACUUAACAGAAUAGGCGAAAAAUUUUUACAAAUUGUGUGA